UUCUCAGGUUUCAGAGAUAAAUGAUGAAUGAGAGGAAUGAGUGUACUGAGAUCAGCCCGACUUCAACAAGCUGUCCCUGGGUUUAAACAGCGGAGUAACGAUAUUCUCUUUAUACCAGGAGUUGAACCUGUUCAGGGCACUGUAGUUUUCUUCCCGGGAGAUGUUCAAGAUCUGAACUCUGCACAGUGUGAGCACAGGGAUAACAGGAUAUAUCUGUCCUGGAACCUAGAGAAUACAACAGAACUUCUCAGCAGGUCUUUCCCACAUGAACAUAUUGUAACUAUCAGAAAGAAACCUGCUUUACAGUGUUGGGUGAACCUUCUUCAAGCUCCGUAUCCGAGUGAUCUACUUGAUCCGGAGAACUUGAAAGAAACCCGUAGUGCCCGUCUGACUGUGGAUAGGAACCAUCUCACCCUAGAACUACCAGAUAAAAACAUUGACAGAAAGAUGAGCAAAGAGUCUAAGGUUCCAGAGGAUCUCAACUUCUACACUCUUAAAACUGUUCUGGAUCUCACCUUCUCCAGGGUUCAGUUCCAAACUGAUCCGCAGUCUGAGAAGGUUCGGUUCGGGGUCGAGGUUCCCAUCAAGAUUUACAACGUGUGCAGCGACGGACGGGAGUAUCUAGAGUCCGUAUUCUACGCCAGGGGUAGCAGGGAGAAGGAGAUUAUUGUAAACGCGCUUAAAGAUGGAUCUCAUUAUAUUGAAGAUGUUAAAACCAAGAAUUCCCAAGGUGAGAAUGAUCUGAAUCAGUUUGAACGAGAUGCUUGGUUUCAUGAAUUCUCCGUCCAGUGUAUCUAUCAGCACUGUAACAUGGAGACGGAGAGGGGGAACUAUGAGAACGAGGGGUUCAGGUUGGCGGAGAUAUCAAACCAGCCAAACAAGUUUCUAAAUGCUUUCUUUAGCAGAGCAUUUUUCGAUAUUAGAGACUCGGCGCGUCUUCUUGAGUAUCUUAGAGAGAAGAUCCAUAAAAAGUUGAAAAACGUCAAGAUUCUUCGAUUUUUCCCUGAUUUUGAUAUAUCUACCCCCACCCUAAGCAAACAGUCUCCGGAAAUAAUAUCAAUAUCAAAACCUGAAGAUUCAGUUCGUGGUGUCUGGUUCUCGAUUGAGUUGAUCUCAUCAGGGUUAACGUCAGGAUAUUUUUAUCCUGUUAGAGACGGACUUGAGGAGAAACCGAACCAGGCGCAAAGCUCUCUAAUUAAAACCUUCUUAGCGGAGCUUAGGUAUCGAAUACUGAGAACUAUCUCAUUUCGUGUCGAGCUUCAUUACCUGCGUGGAGAGAUGAUAAUUAAUUUACCGAAUGCGUCUGAUCGUAUCUGGUGUUGCUUCAAACAGGUUCCAGAGUUCAAGCUCAACAUAAUUCCUAUAUUUUGCGGAGAAGAUCUGAUUGAAGACUCUUCAGCGUUCCAUCAACUCAUCUAUAGAAUAAUUCAGGUUCUUGAGUCCAGAGUUACAACCUUGUUGUUGAAGAAUCUGGUUUAUCCCAACUUCGAAGAUAUUCCUGUCAAGUUUAUGGAAAGUCUGCCCAUCACUAAUAUCACCGAAGUCAGCCCAGAAGCCUGAUAUCUAAAUGCAUUAAUGUUUAUCUAAAUUUCAGUAAUAUGAUAUUGUCUGUUUAUUUUGAAAAAUUUGUGAUUAUUACAUGGUAAAAUUUUGUGAUAAUAAGAUAAAUGUUUUUAAACGUUUUCAAAGCUUUGAUAUAAUCUUUUAUGUUUUCAG